UUUAUAGACCAACACUCAUACUCACAAAGCAUAUCAUAUAUCUCCUAUACUUCUUUCUAUCUAUUUCAAUCCCUUUUGUUCCCAAAACAAUGGAAAAAAUUGCAUGGAUUGUGGUUUUGUGCAUGGUGUUGGUUAUCUCAUCACCCCAUGCAAAUGCCCUAACAUGCAGCGAUGUUAACACCUACAUGGUGGCUUGCGAGCCUUUCCUUACGAAUAAGGGGCUUUUAGGAAGUUGUUGCGACGGCGUCAAGAAAUUAGACGCCGUGGCAACCACCACAAUCGAUCGCGAAACCGCGUGCAAUUGCCUGAAAGCGGAUGGUACUACCACCGAAGGAAUUGAUUGGGAGAAAGCCGCUCUUCUUCCGGUCACAUGUGGCGUUAGUCUUCCAUACACUAUCAGCGCAACCAUCGACUGCUCCAAGGCUGUAAGUCUGAUGGAAUCAAAUAUGACAACCGCACAGUUUGGUACUAUGCAUUAAUGAUGAGGAGAAGAAUAAGAUGGAUUUACUUAUGUGGGUCCAUUUUGUAAUUGUACCUUUUGUCGUCUCUUGUUUUCUCUUUGUUUUGUGUGAUAAAUAAGCGGUUGUAUCAUUAUACCAUCUUGAUAGAAUAUCUAUCAUAUUUAGCUCAA